AUGGUGCUUGCCUUGCGUCGGAAGAAUUCUGUGGGCAGGUGGCCAUCUGAAACCCCUUUCUCAGUUGCAAGAGCUACUCUCGACUGGUCUACAGGCAGGGUGUCGCCCAUCACAACAAUUUCUUCCAUAACCGUUGCAGAGCAACAACUACACUCGCAGACAGGGUUAUGGGCACAGCAAGCACGUUUUGCCAGUCGCGCCAGAACAGCGACCGACUUCUGUGGGCGCUCCUGUUGCACAGUGCAUUCGACAACUGGAUUCUGGUACCCAGGUACUCCUGGCGUCAAGGUCGUGCCGCACAGGUCACCUCUCCCUAUCCAAACUGCCGUGCACCUCGAGUCUGGACGCUUGCCCUCGGGGAGUCCCCAUUCUCACUCUUACACAGGUUCUCCCCAUUCGCUGCCUGGAACUCCACACUCACUGUCAAGCACACCACGCUCACUCUCAGGCACACAGUUUCCCCUCUCCAACAGCCUGAGGGAGAAGUAUUCCAACUCCCACCGUUGGCAAACACACCGGUGGAGGGACAAACUGGGCAGACCCCCUGGCGCCGCGAGCCCCAACACGGCGCUUGACCCACAGAAGCAAAAGCACGUUGCAGGGACUAGGUUAACCAGGAAGGCUAAGGGUCCAAAGGGGAGGCACCCCAGCGAAUUUAUGCGGGAGGGCCCACGUGCUGCAUCUGUGGACGGCAGUGUCCACCAAGGCCAGAAACCCGCUGUGCGUUCUGAGGCCGGCAGGGAGGUACCAGUUGACAAGCGCUCCCAGCAGCCAAGUUGCUCAAAGGCAGAGGAGGGUUGGCGUGUGGGUGCUGGCGUGCAUGGCAUGGAACAGGCGGUGCCAACUAUCACAGGCAUGGUGUCCACUCUGUUUGGUGACCACACGCGGGGAGAUGUGGAGGGCUGGUUGGACAGUGGCCUGAGUGAAUCUUCCAGUACCUGUGGACCCGAGCAGAGAUUCAGUGCCCUGCAGGUGGCACUCAGGCCACAGAUGGUCUCACAGGCAACCUCGGACUCAUCAGCGGGCAGUGAGGAGUCCACUGCUAUCACCCCUGAUGGUGAACUGUUGUCCACUGCAGACAGGGAUCCUACGACUGCUGUCGCGGCUUUGCCAGAGUUUGAGAGAGUAGACCAGUUUGGGUUUGUCAGAAGGAAUGACGGGGCUUCAGGCAGCCCGUCCUUGGGCCACAAUGGUGCCCGAGAAGCAAACAGGCUGAAGAAAUGGAGGCGGAUGGUUGGGGCCGGUGGGGUGGACUGGAAGGUUUACCUGGAGAAGCACCCAAAGAAAGUGAAGAAACGGAUAAGGAAAGGGAUCCCAGAUGCCCUGAGGGGGCUCACCUGGCAGUUGCUGUCAGGCGGCAGGAGCCUGCUGUUGGCCAACGAGGGUGUCUACCACCAGCUUAUGUUGUAUGAAUCCAGUAUGGAACAGAUUGAGCUGGAGAUUGUCAGGGAUUUGAACCGCACAUACCCUGGGCACGUGUAUUUUCAGCAGAGGCAGGGCCCUGGUCAGAGGUCAUUGUUCAAUGUGCUGAAGGCAUACUCUGUGUAUGACAAGAAGGUUGGAUAUGUGCAGGGAAUGGGAUUCAUUGCGGGUCUGUUGCUUCUCUACAUGUGUGAAGAAGAUGCGUUCUGGACCCUGGUGGCCCUCCUCAAGGGCCAAGUGCACCCACCUAUGGAGGGCCUGUACACAGAUGGCUUCCCAUUGCUGCAGCAGUACUUCUAUCAAUUCGAGCACACCAUUAAGAAGGAGUGCCCACGGCUGGCCAGCCACUUUGAUCACGAAAAUGUGUUGCCCAUCAUGUUCUGCUCCCACUGGUUCAACACGGUGUUUGCGUACUCCCUGCCUUUUGAGCACCUCCUCCGUGUGUGGGAUGUCUUCCUAUUCGAGGGCUGGAAGACAGUCUUCAGGGUGGGGCUGCUGCUGCUCAAGUCGGCUGAGGAACAGCUCCUGGCGAAGCCGUUUGAAGGCAUAAUGGCCACCUUGAAUUCCAACUCCAAGCAGCUUGCAGCAGCACAGUUCCCCAUCCUUGGCAGAUCCCCAGAUACAUUCAUCAAGGUGCACACCAUGUUGUUGCCAUGA